UCAAGUUUCUCUUAUUUAGAUGUUUCAUUUAAAAUCGGUAGAUUCAUAGAUAGUCUCCAGCUUGUUUUUUUCUUCAAAGACGUCAAGACCUUCAACCAGCUAUCUGUAAUUGGCGUCAAUCCUAAGGGCUUCAGUCGAAUUUUAGCCUCUCAUCUCUACGCUCAAAUCAUUCGUCCACAAUUAGAAUAUGACUAUAGCCAUUAAUUAAAUAUUACUAAAAAUUUAUGCUAAUAAACUUAAAACUGCUCAAGAAGGUUUGCAUCUAUCAAAUCUCUAGUGCUUCCUCUCGUUAUAUCGACAAACAUAAUGCUACAUCUGUUAAAACAUCCAACCAUACGUGAACGUAUUUAUAUCCUUCAAGCCAAGGCUUUGCUUCGAUCUAAUAGUCUAUCAGAUGAAGCUCUCCGUACACCAGUUUCUGGAAGACUAUCUUACUACUUCAUCGUACUUUUCUUAGUACUAAACUAUUGAGUGUCUGUCGUUCCGUGCACCCCC